ACCAACAUGGCUGAAGAAACAGGUGUUGUCUGCAUGAUUCUUGUGCGGUUAAAUUGAUCCCCUAAAGCUCUGCGUGGAUAUGUUUAAAACCAAUGGGAGACAUCUUAGAAUGGCGAGGAGAUGCAUACCAAGUUCUUGCAUGUUGUGGAGUUUUCAUUUUACUUUCUUGGGUACUAACAAAAUUGUUAGGUCUGACUUGGAAGAGAGGACUACGAGUGGGAGACCCUCAGAAGGGCCAUCGAUGGUUUAUGACAGAAAUACUUGACAAGCCCACGUAUUGUAACUUCUGCGAGCGUCCUCUUGUAAGAGGCGGUUAUUGUGAAAAUUGUGGGAUCUCAGUUCACGAAGAAUGCAUCGACGGAGCAACCAAGAGAUUUGCUUGCAAAGUCCUCGUUCUUUCGAAGAGAGAAUACAUGAACCAUCAAUGGGUUCGUGGGAAUCUACCUCUAUGUAGCACUUGCAGUGUCUGCGGUUUUCAUUGUGGUACUGAACCGAGAUUAUGCGAUCUCAGAUGUGUAUGGUGUCAGGAUAAAACACAUGAUUACUGCCUUCGAAGCAAGUCAAAUGUGUGUGAUUUUGGAAAGUAUAAGACUAUGAUGUUACCUCCACAUUGCAUUAGUUUGACUGUGGAAAAUUGGAGAAGUAAAAAGAGAUUUGUGGUUCGAGAAGUCAGCACACCGCCCAUCAAAAAUUGGAGUCCACUGCUUGUGUUUGCUAAUCGUAAGAGUGGGGACAAUGAAGGUGAAAGAUUAUUAAUGGCGUUUAAAAAUCUUUUAAACCCAGUACAGGUAGUAGACCUUCAUGAGGUUCCUCCUGAAUCUGCCUUAGAAUUUUGUAAGCUUCUGCCAAACCACAGAACUCGUAUACUGGUGUGUGGAGGGGAUGGCAGUGUUGGAUGGGUUCUUGGUGCUUUGGAUAAAGUCAAGUUAAAGGUGCCACCAUACAUUGGAAUUCUUCCUCUAGGUACUGGGAAUGACCUGGCGCGAGUUCUGGGAUGGGGGAGUGGUUACACUGGUGAGGAAGAUGUUAACGAAGUUUUGACAUCUGUAAUGACGGCUAAUGUCACUCCUUUGGACAGAUGGAAAAUAACUAUUGAGAGUAACCGACGGUACUUUGAUGUAAGGAGGCGUAAGAAGGUGUUUUGGAUGAAUAAUUACUUUUCUAUUGGCUGCGAUGCCAAAGUAGUUCUGAAUUUCCACCUUCAUCGUGAGAGUCAGCCAUCUUUGUUUACCAGUCGCAUUAUUAAUAAGGCAGUGUAUGGAUUGUAUGGUGCCAGAGAUGUCCUUGAACAAGACUGCAAAAACCUACAUGAAGUUGUUGAGCUGGAAAUGGAUGGAAGAAAAAUGGAACUGCCAGAGCUGGAGGGAAUUGUUUUUCUGAACAUUAACAGUUGGUGUGGAGGCUGUGAAUUGUGGGUUAAUGGUGAUGAGGAACACUCUUCACCACCAAGCAUUAAUGAUGGAAUCCUGGAGGUAGCAGGGCUUUAUUCCGCUCUUCACAUUGCAAGGUUACAAGUCAAUAUGGCUGAUCCACUAUGUCUUGGUCAAGCACGAUUAAUAAAACUUACACUGAAGGACACCAGGUCUCUACCGGUUCAAGUAGAUGGGGAACCCUGGGAAGAAGGCCCGUGUGUGAUUACAAUUACUCAUCAUAACCAAGCCCUCAUGCUGGCAAAAGGAGAGAAACAGGACUUGAUAUUAUGACUGACCUAAGUGCCUUCGUUAUGACGGUUGGAGCUGUAAGAAGAUAUGCAAGGCAUUACAGAACUCAGGAAAAGAAGAAAGAAUUCAACCUUUAUGAUACAGCUGGCUUAUAGCUUAUUAUACCCAGGAGUAUAGAGAGGAUAUUCCGGUUGGAAACUCUUACACCGGCGUCUUACAGUAGAAUAAAGAGCAUCUUUAUGAAGGGACGUCAGACAGGGGCAAGCGAGUCGUUGGUUGGGAUGUUCGAUUUUAUUUAACUUAUUUUUCGUUUUAAUUUGUAAAGAUAGUUUGUUUCCCGAGACGUUCACGUAGUGCCCUAUUGUUGUUUUUGCUUCAGAAAUAUAAAUUUCCUUCAUUUUGAAGUCGUUUUCAUCAACAAAUCCUUUACCGCCAUUGUCAAGCUUUCACACACGUAGUUAAUGUAAACCUUUGAUGCAGACUUCUGGAACAAUUGAUUUCUGUUCGAGUAAUCAAAACCGUGAAUUAGAAAUCUCUUUAUUA